GAGUGGGUUUGUUGAUUAUAGUAAUUUUGGUAGCGUUUGAUAUGGUGAUGUGCUGGUAUUCGUUUCCGGAACUUGUUUUUCCACUGUAUAUUUUUCCAAUGCUAAUUGCCGGAUGUUCGACGCAUGCCACAAUUGCUCAUCUGCACAAGAAGCUUAAUGCAGAAAUGGUGCAUUUUGAUGGUGUUUUGCUACUUUUUGCAAUUUUACUAGCAUAUUCUACAUAUCUGGGUAUUGCAAGUGCUUUUUUCUUGCUUAUUCACGCAUUCUUCCCCUUACUUCGCGACCCACUCAUCUAUUUAUUGGGAAAAAUGGGACUCAUCACAAGAGUAACACCUCGUUGCUUACUCUUCACGCAGUUAUUAUGCACGGUACCAGUAAUGGUAUUUGAUGCCUACGCAGCUAUGUUACUCUUUGAUUUCUUCGUUCCCGUUACCGGACGUAUGGGUGUAUCAAUUAAUCCGGAAUAUGUUAUGAUGCCGUUGAGUCUAUUUGUAGCCCUCUCGUUCGUCCUUUACACAGUAUGUCGCACAGAAUGUUCUAUAGCGAUUUUUGCCUUUCUAUUAUUUGGUAAAAUAGACGGAUCCAGAGAGGAAAGGGUGCGAGAUAAAAAUUUUAAACUCAGCUCUCUAGCUCUCCAACCAUAG